CACUUGCGUUCCUUAUGACCUUUUCUAGAAAUGAGCUGCUAUAAUACAACCACAAGUCAGAGCAAAACGCGGAAAACUGUUUAUUUUCCAUCUAAUAACAGGAGUAAAUGGAGACACCAUUGCUCCACCGCCACCACCACCACCAGCAGCUUAUUGGGCUUGACGGUGACUACCGACCCGCUAAAGGCCUGAAACAAUGGUGGACUAUAUUCUGGAUCGAGACAGUGAAAUUAUGGGAGAUUGGUGGCCCAAUAGCUUUCAAUAUCCUUUGCCAAUAUGGGAUCUAUUCCAUUACGGUUGCUUUUUGUGGUCAUCUUGGUGCUGUUGAACUCUCUGCUGUUUCUGUUGCUCAAAAUGUCAUUGGCACUUUCUCUUUCGGCUUCAUGUUGGGCAUGGGGAGUGCUUUGGAGACACUAUGUGGACAGGCAUUUGGUGCUGGGCAAAUACAUAUGCUUGGUGUUUACACACAGCGGUCAAUGGUUAUUCUAUUGUUCAGUACAUUCCUUCUGUUGCCAAUUUAUAUUUUUGCAACUCCAGUACUUAAGCUUUUAGGCCAAGAACAUGAUAUUGCAGUUCUUGCUGGGAAAUUUGCCCUGUUAUCAAUCCCCGAGUUGUUUUCACUGGCGGUUACUAUUCCCACGUCAAAAUUUCUGCAAGCCCAGAGUAAAGUUGGUGUGCUGGCCUGUAUUGGAUUUGUGGCUCUUUUACUCCAUGCUUUUUGGCUAUGGUUGUUCAUAUAUGUAUUCAACUUGGGUACAAAUGGGGCCGCUUUAGCAUUUAAUAUUACAGGUUGGGCCAACGCGAUAGCUCAAUUUGUUUACGUGGUUGUUUGGUGUAAGGAUGGGUGGACCGGAUUGUCUUUGUCGGCGUUGAAUGAGAUUUGGGCAUUUGUUAGACUCUCGGUUGCCUCGGCUGUUAUGUUAUGCCUUGAAAUAUGGUACAUGAUGAGUAUCAUUAUCCUCACGGGACAUCUCAAGGAUGCAGUUAUUGCUGUUGGAUCCCUCUCUAUUUGCAUGAAUGUCGAUGGAUGGGAAGCAAUGUUGUUCAUUGGAAUCAAUGCUGCCAUAAGCGUUCGUGUCUCAAAUGAGCUUGGGUUAGGGCGUCCCAGGGCUACCAAAUAUAGUGUAUAUGUCACAGUGUUUCAAUCACUCCUCAUUGGGAUACUCUGCAUGAUAUUUGUACUGGCAGUAAGAAAUCAUCUAGCCAUUCUUUUCACAAACAGCAAGGAUUUGAUACAAGCCGUUGCUGAUCUUGCUUGGCUUCUUGGAAUAACCAUGGUUCUUAACAGCGUUCAGCCUGUAAUAUCAGGUGUUGCUAUUGGAGGUGGAUGGCAAGGUUUAGUGGCUUAUAUCAAUUUGGGAUCUUACUAUGUUUUUGGUAUUCCUCUAGGAUAUACUCUUGGUUAUGUGGCUAACUUGGGAGUCGUGGGUCUAUGGGGAGGAAUGAUAGCAGGACUUGCUUUGCAGACACUGCUACUCUCAUUUGUACUCUAUAGAAUUGAUUGGGAUAAAGAGGUUGAGCAGUCGGCAGAGCGCCUGCGCAAGUGGGGAGGUCAAGACUUUGAAGCUGAGAAAACUCUUAUUUCAGAGCCUACAAAGGCCUUACCAUAAGAUUAAAGAUUUUGCAGUGAUAUUAGAGGAUGACGAAUCUUCAUCUUUGUUAACCAGUUAAUGAUUUUGGAUAGAAUCUACAUGUGAAUGAAGUGGAGCCUAAAUCCAUGUCAGAUGCAAGGUGGAUGACAGCUAGGCCGAAGCAGAAAUUAUGAGGUGUACACCGGUAAAAUGUGGAUCAAAUAGGUUAACGAAUUUUGUAGGUGACCGGGCUAAAAGAUACUCUUAACAUAGUGAGGGUGAGGAACUGCAAGGGGUUGUUAGUUUUAAUAGGAAUGUAGCUGCAAUUUAGAAGAUUUAGGCUACUGCUCUUUCUCCUUCUUGUUACUGAUCUGUUGCUUUCCCAUUCUCUUGCUUGUAGUUUCAGCUUAUCAUAGAAUAACAGAGUACCCUUUAGCCCCAAGUUCUCUGUUAUCUCUGUGUGUAUGUUAUGUUACAUUUGAAUAUGAGGUCAAUUCAAAAUUUUGUUGCUUCUA